AUGGGUUCCUACACGGGAGAAGAUUACACCAAAACGCUGGAAUCUAUUUCAGCUCAAACCAGUCCAAUCUUUCGCCCGGCCGGCGAAGAAGACCUAGCCAGAAUUCGGGAGCUGGCGCUUCCAACACAAACACGCACAGUUGAGCAAGUCAUUGGCGAAAUGAACGACAUCUAUUCCUUUAGGGCGCGUGUUGGCCACCCGCGCUUCCUCACAGCAAUUCCAUCCGUUGCAACUCCUGCAUCUUGGCUUGGUGACAUUCUUGCAUCCGCAUUCAACGCCUUUUCUGGGGUGUGGCUGGGAGGACCUGGAAUCGCAACCAUUGAGCUAGAGCUUAUUGCCUGGCUGGCGGCCCAAAUUGGUCUGCCCGCUUCGGCCGGUGGAAUCUUCGUCUCUGGAGGUUCCGUGGCCAAUUUGACGGCUAUGACGGCUGCGCGCGACCAACGCUUGAAACAGGAUGAUCGAGGCAAGGGCAUCAUCUACUUCUCCGACGAAACCCAUUUCUGUGUACCCAAAGCCCUCCGGAUUCUAGGCUUUUUCGACCACCAAAUGCGAAAGAUACCAUCCGAUAAGAAGUUCAGCAUGGACGUGGCCAAGCUUGAGGAGGCCAUUGUUGCAGAUAAAAGCCAAGGCCUGGUCCCAUUCCUCAUUGUUGCCAACUGUGGCACAACUAAUACGGGAGCCAUCGACCCCAUGGAUGAAAUUGCAGACUUGGCUCAGGAGCACAACAUGUGGCUGCAUGUAGACGGUGCCUAUGGCGCCUCUGUUGCGUUAUCGGGACAAUACCGUUCGUUGGUAGCAGGGCUUAGACGCGCCGACAGCGUUGCAUGGGACGCUCACAAAUGGCUAUUCCAGACGUUUGGCUGUGCUAUUACACUUGUUCGUGACAGAAAGCAUCUAGCAGAGAGCUUUACCCUCAGCGGCGACUAUCUGCAAGAUACUGUAUCCGGAGAGGAUCAGCCGAACCUCUUCAACUACGGCAUUGAGCUUACACGGCCGGCUCGCCACAUGAGACUCUGGUUCUCGUUACGAGUGCUUGGAGCGGACACCAUUGCGCAGAUGAUUGAUCAUGGAUUUCUAGUCGCUGCAGCUGCAGAAGCCAAGUUGGCGACCCUUGAACAUUGGAAGAUUACGUCGCCGGCUAGACUAAGCACCAUUACUUUCCGAUUCUGCCCAGAAGGGAUGGAUGAGGAUACUGCGGAUCAGUUGAAUGGCAUCAUUUCUAGAGAUGCAUUGGAGCAGAAUAUUGCCAUGAUCCAAACUACGCAGGUUCAUGGCCAGACUAGUCUGCGAGUUUGUUCCAUCAAUCCGCUUACGACUGUGGCCUGCAUGGAGCAGAUUAUUGAGCAGCUGCAUGUCAUAGCCUGCAAGAGUGCAUUAGAAUUGUAGAUUAGAUAGGAAAUUAAUUGCAUGACUUGAGUUUACCUG